AUGAAGACUAAAAACUGCAACUAUGUCCCUUUUGAUAGUAUAAUUAACAAAAGAGCAUCUCUAAGGUUUGGUUUAAAUGAAACAAUAGACAUUACCAGCUCAAAUGCAGGCUGUGGCCUUUCCUUGCAGAAGUUUGAUAAAGUCCAUGUGGCAUUUCUCAACAUUGAAAGUUUAAGAAGAAAGAAAGAAAGAAGAAGAAGAAGAAGAAGAGGAGACAUCAUGAAAGUUCCUGCAUGGUUAGAGAGAUUAAUGGCUGAGACAUUCUUUGGUGGUUGUGGGGUCCAUAUUAAUAGAAGGAAGAACGAAAAGAACGUUUUUUGCUUACAUUGUUGUCUUGCUAUCUGCCCUCACUGUCUCCCUUCUCACCCCCAUCAUCCCCUCCUUCAGGUGAGAAGGUAUGUUUACCAUGACGUGGUUCGAUUGGGUGAUCUUGAAAAACUCAUCGAUUGCUCCAAUAUUCAGGCAUAUACAGUUAACGGUGCAAAAGUGGUAUUCUUAAAUGAGAGGGUACAGUCAAGGUCAUGCAAAGGCAGCAGUAAUGCCAACUCUUGCUGCUCUUGUGACAGGAUUCUUCAGGAGCCCUUCCAUUUCUGCUCUCUCUCAUGCAAGGUUGAUCACAUGGUAUGCAUGGGUGAAAGCUUGUCGAGCAUAUUACAUGGAUUCCAUGAAUCAGAUUUUUCAUAUUCACAGUUUGAAGGUUUAAGGGUGGAUAGCUCUGAGGUUAUUGAUGAAGAUAAUACCCAAUUUGCCCCUACUUUCUCUUACUCCAAUACUGAAGAAGCUACAAGCCAUUCUAUGAAUAAUAUUUCACGUGAAGAACCCUACAACAACAACAAAAGCAAUGGUUUCUUCCUCUCUCUUGGAAGUUGCAGGAGAAAGGGUGCUCCUAAGAGAUCUCCUCUAUCCUAGUAGAUUACUACAAGUUAUUCAUAUUCAUAUUAAGACAAAGGAUAUAUAGGUGAUUUUCAAUUUAGCAAGACAGUAUUAAUUAAUUAGCAUCAGAUUAUGA